GACAUUUCUAUUUGUAGCAUAUUCGAGUUAUUGCCAGUAUGUAUUAUUAAGGAUUUAAUUCAGUAUAUAUUCUGUCACUUUUUAUAAAAAACAAAAUGUCAAGUAAAAUCCAAGCUACUGUAGACAGCGGUAUCAUCAUAAAAGAAGGAUUCAUGGUGAAGCGGGGUCACGUUAGACAUAAUUGGAAAACUAGAUGGUUCAAGUUAUCGGACACAUCAUUGAGGUAUUACAAGAGUAAAAAGGAUAAAGUUCCACAUGGAAGAAUUGCUUUGCGAAAUGCAAAACUUUCAAUAUAUCAGAGUGACAAUAAAAGCGACAGCAAUCGUGAGUUUGUCAUGCAAAUACAAACAAGCGAUGGAAUUGAAUAUCCGAUCCAAGCUCCAUCGAACUCCGAAAUGAGAGCAUGGAUGGAAAGUAUAGGUGACGUAAUUGAACACAUGCAAUUAGAAAGUGAAUCAAAAUAUUUAUCAAGUUCUUACGGCCAUGAGAAUAAUUCCAGAGAACUGUCCACUUCUGAAAUAUUGGGAAGUUAUGUCGAUGCAUACGGAGGAAUCAAACGAGAAACAAGGACAAUAAAGGGAGUUAAACGUUCAGAUGGAUUUUCAGGACUUGGACUCAGAGUAUGGAUGGAACAUACAAUGGGAUUACUGGAUUCCGAAGCUGAAAUAACUGUUUCAGGUUUACAAAGAGUUGGAUUGCUGGAACUGCUAGACGGGGAUACAGGAACUGACCCAUUUGCGGAAUCGAAAUAUUAUAUUCUGCUCAGUGAUGAGGACUCACUAAAAGUCAUGGCCGGGGCAAAUAAAUCCGCUUCUGAAACAUCUGAAUCAGACAGAAAAAGUCAAGCAGAAGACGUUUUUCUUCCACCUGAAAUUCCCAGUGAUGCUCUCUCCCCAACCGCCAUUUUACCAGCAGACAUGCCUCCGGGAGAAAUAGUGAAACGAGGAGUUUUGUUUAAAAAGGAAAUACUUGCUGAAGUUUCAUUUCUGAAAAAAUUGGGACGAAUGGUGUUGGGACACGUUGUUCCAAAUUGGAAAGCACGAUGUUUCGUUCUGCAGAGGUUUCCUGCAACAUUAUCAUACUUCGAUCCAUCUAAGAAGAAUCCCAAAGUAUUGAAUAGUCUAUCGCUUCAUGGUGCUUCGGUUUUUACAGUAGGGAAAAUGGCGGCUCAAGCAGCUCUUCGGAUGAGACAUCCACCCGAUCAUCUUUUUUGUGUGAAGAUAGCAGUUGGAACACUUUAUAUCAUCAUGGCUUCUUCGGACGACGAAAGAGAUGAAUGGAUAAGAGCAAUAAAACCGAUGUGUCGAAAAAUCAAUAGUCGAGGCAACACAAUGUCCUCCUCGACCAGUUCUCAGUCCGGUUGAUGUGAAAAAUUUAUUUGCCCUUAGCAGUAGUUCGUUGUGUAUCCUGCAGCGAAUAUGACUUAUAUAUAUUAUUUAUUUGAAAGAAAGCGGGUGCGAAUGGACCCUCUCUUGGAAAACUGCAAUAAUUAUCAAAAGCUUCUAUUGAGGAUAAAGCAAACGAAACAUUCAAUUUGCAUAUCAAAAAAUUAAUUGUAAUAAAUUUCUCAAUGUAACAAAAUUUUCAAAUAAUGUAUUUAUUAUAUAUAUAUUACAUCCUCAAUCAAGACAAAACAUCGAUUUUUUCCAAAAUUAUUAUUAAUUUUGUUCGUAUCUUGGCUGAUAUUUUGAACGUAUAAAAUUGGUGUUUCCGUUUUGUGAAUUGCGCAUCAGAACAAUCAUAGGAAAUAGAUAUACAAUAUAGAGUCUCAUACAAUAUUGAGCAUAUUGUUAUUCUGUUGACUUACAAACAUUCUGUCGGCCUGGAAAUAUAAACAAUUGCAGAAAUUUGGAUAUCCUGAUGACCAGUAUGUCAGUACGCGGAUUCCAACUUUUUUCGAUACGCUCCUCCUUUUGCCUAUUUUGGAUCAUUUUACUAUCUUUCUGUCUCGGACUUUUCUAUUUCGAUUUGUUCGCAUAUCUCAAGGAUCAUGAGCUAGUACUACGAACAACUCCCUGCCUGGCUUUUGCACGAUUUGAAUACUCGAUAAUGUGUGCAUAAAUAUGAAUUACAAAAUACUUGGACAAUACUAAGAUAGGAUAGGAUUUUCAAUCAGUUAUUAGUAAAAAUACAUCAAAUAGAAAAUAUCAUGUCUCCAUUUCCUCCCCCAAAACAACAAAAUUCCCCUUGCGAAACGCUGGUUUGAAGAAUGAACUCGAUCAGGUUCUGUGUAUAUUCAUAUAUGCUUCCGACACUCGAUAAGCAACGAGAUUGGUGGACUUCCAUAUGACACAGAAAGUCGAUGACGUACAUUGGAAAACCACAAUCAUGUAUCCUGUUUCCAUUAUGCAAGGUAUGGUUAAAAAAUUAACUAUCCGUCCUAGAUACCUAAACGUAAUCGCGAAGUAAACUGUAAUCCACAAGAGGCCAAAAAACUAGAAAAAAAAAACAGUCUCUUCCACCAAUUGUUACAUUAACUCGUUACAGCUUCUUACUAAAUAUCUAGGCCGCGAGACGAGGCCGUUUAUCUUUCAGUUUCGUAGCGCACAAAAGGGACUACCUGAAAAUAAUUUUAAAAUGUUCCUUAGAAAUUUAGUAACAAAUAAUACUUUGUUCCCAUUUCCAAAAGUUGCACGUUUUUUUUUGAUGACGUAACAAUUAAAAUGUGAUCAGCUGUUGGCAGUUGGAUGAAUCUCAGUUUGUACUGCCCGCUCUCGCGUUGAAUUAAUAACUACUUUGCUAACGUUGUAUUUGAAAUUUUCUUGCGGAAGUUGUCACAACUGUCAAACGAAUAAAUUCUAAUAACUACGCAGGAAGUCGAUGCCGACAAUGGGCUAUUGAAUGUGAUUUACUGCACGAAUUCCACUUGCACUGCCGGUUCAGCUUUUGGCGCCUCUGCCAUAUAUAUAUGUUACUCACCAUUGUGUCUAUAAAAGGUACCAAAAACAAAACGUCAAAACAUCAUAAAAUAUUACGGAAGCUUGUCACAACUGUCAAACGAAUAAAUUCUAAUAACUACGCAGGAAGUCGAUGCCGACAAUGGGCUAUUGAAUGUGAUUUACUGCACGAAUCCAACUUCCAAUGCCGGCUUCAGCUUCCGACGCCCCUGCUUUAUGUUACUUAUUAUUGUGUCUACGGAAAGCGCUAAAAAACAAAAUGUAAAAAUAUUAAAACCCCUCUCUCUGAACAAUAAAGAUAUCGCAACAUAGUCACGAGUAUAUCCAGGUUUUUCAGUUCAACAGAGAAACUUUUACAUCGAAAUGAUCCACACGCAUAGAUUGGAACAGUUAAUGUUUUGAGGAAAUGACAUAAAAGAAAAAGUUUAUUCAGGCUUACCAUCUCGUAUAUAUAUAUAUAUAUGAAACAAAAACCGGUUCAGUGCGUUCGUAGGCUUAGUGAUACUGGUUGACUGGAAACGUGCACUUUCUUUUCGACAUUUUGAAUAACCUAACGAUAGUAAAGCUAACGCGAGAUGUUAAAAUGAUGUAUCAAAUAUACAACAAUUAUGACAAAACAAUAUAGUAGUCCCUCUGCCUCUCUUGUGGAACUAGUGGAGAUAAAUUGAAUGGUUCCAUUGCCAUAAAAAUAUUUGUAUUGAUAGUUAACAAAAGAAAACAUUUAUGACUGCCAUACUGUAUAUUAUAUAUUAAUGGGACAUUUAAGUCUACCGGGUGGGACGACCGGGCAGCUUGUUGAAAUCGAGACUUUCCCAGCUAAAUCGGGACGUAUGAUCAACCUCUUCGGGGGUAAUAGAUGUUCAACGAAACAUUAUGCGGAGCACAGAUUAAAUUAUUGCGCAGUCGGGUUAGAGUUGUAAUCUGGAAUAUAAAUCGAAAAUAUCAGUUCCGACCAUUCCCAAUCUUGAAAGAUUAUUCAUUGGAAGUAGCCCAACAGUCAAACUGUCUGAAAUAACUGCGAUAUUUAAAAAUUAAUUGUCGUAUCUAGUUAAAUUGCACGUAACUCAGAAUUCUGAAUUAUAUUACUCUAUACCUUUGAGCCGAAUUGGUUAUUUUUGAUGCGGAAUUACUUCCUUUUAGUAGCUUGUCAAAUAGUACUGGUAGAAUUUAGUUUCGAUGUAUAUUUCUAUGAUAGUAGGUAUAGAUUUAUUAAAAC